AUGAAAACUUCCUUUCAAAAUCAAGAAAAGUACCAACCCGAUAACAUCAAACGUCAUAUUCUACAUCUGUUAUCAUUAAAAAAGUAUAAAAGCAAUGUCUUAGGUGCCGAUAUGGUGUUUUUAGUUGUUUUCUUCUUCACAGUUUUUUGUAGAGAAACUCAUAAUUUUGAUAUGGAUGGCCUUCUGUACACGAAGAACCAGUUGGAAUAUCUGAUCGCAGAUUUUAAAGAUGCUCUGAUAUCCAGCCAGAAAGAUUCAAGAAAAAAAGAAUUAUUCCUUGACACGUUUGUACGCCUGCCCAGGAAGAAUGAGAAGAUAUCGUGUAAGCAUGUUCUGCUUGCUAUCGACUUGGGAGGCACGUAUCUCAAGCUUGGUCUGUACAAAAUCGCAGAGAAUGAACUAACAGAGCACAGGCCGGCCAGAAAAGUGCCAAUUCCAAGGGCAGACGAAACCACAAAGAAAAUGGAUUGUUUUGAAUGGAUAGCCAAUGAAACAAGGAAGUACCUGGACAAGACAGACUUUAAAAAAUCGGCACGUGCUGGCAUGACAUUCUCUCAUCCGAUAGCACACGAGUCAAUUAGUGUUGGUAAGGUACUAAAGCUUGGUAAAGAUUUUCCCUUCAGACCAAUCGAUUUGAGCCGUGAAAACGACCCGGUAAAAAUGAUGAAUACCGCUUUUGAAAAAUUUAAAGUGCCCGUGAAGGUUGAUGUGAUUCUGAAUGAUGCGACUGCUACGGCAGCAGGUCUAAUUUUCGGCAAGAAUGACGAGGAGGCGGUGAACAUAGGAAUUGUGCUCGGCACAGGAACAAAUGCAGCAUACGUAGAGAGAACGAACAGAUUAAAGCCUACCAUUAUCAAUACGGAGUGGGCAAGCUUUGAUAAAAUGAGUGUGCAUAAGUCUGAAUACGACGUAGCUAUCGAAAAAGCUGUAAAUGAGCAGGGUAAGGUGUAUAAGAGGAUGGAUGCAAUGCUAGGAGGUAAGAGUUUUAUGCAGUUGAUACUGUUGAUGGCCCAAAAACACAUUGCAAGUCAGAUUAGUUUGAAGGGCUGUGCACAGGAAUCAUUUAUGAUGAUAAAGGGACAGGAAAAACAUGAGGGAGAGCUGUUAAGGAAUGACAAGGGAAUUAUGACGGAAGAUAUUAGAUGUUUUAGUUCUGGUGAAACGAGUGGAUAUUUAAGCGAAGAAUCGGUUAGUACAAAACAGCAAAGUACCGAGAACCAAGAUAACGCGUAUAAAACAACGAGAGAGGAUUUACAGGAAAAAAAAGGAACAAAAAUCAACCCAUCCACAUCACAGGAGUCGAAUUACGUAUUGGUGGACAUUGCGUAUGUGCUGAACCUGGUAAAAAGCUCUGAGGCAAGUUUGAUUGACAACGAAAGAUUUGUUCUAAGUUGCUAUAGAACAUUGAAACGAAGGACCGCACAGAUAUUGAUGGGCAUGAUGGUGUCUAUUGUUGAGUCUCAGACCACCAACAUGGAGAACAUAAAGGUGAACAUCGCGGUAAACGGGUCGCAAUUUGAAGUUGAGCACGACAUGGCUGUUUUCUACGAGGUGCUGAGCGAAGUGUGCACGCUCACCGGUCUCAAAUACCAGAAUGUCAACGUCUUGAAUCUGCAGGAUGCAUCCCUGGUGGGCACUGUGAAGGUAUUGGCGUAUGAACUCUCAGAACGAUCGUUUUUUCGUAGUAUGAAAGAACUCUUCUCUUAA